AGCAAAGAGAAAAGAGCAAAAGCUGGCAACAAGAUGAGAUUAAAUGUUUAGUGAGAAGCCAUCAACAUGAUCUCAACUUUAGAUGGCAGCUUAAAUUGAUAUGAAAUUUGGGUUUCAUCAAUUUUCUAUUACUGUUUAUAAAUUGUGUGCUCAUUAGGAUUUAAUUUCUAUAUUUUAUUAUUAUAAUCGACUCAUCAUGGAAACAUUAUGCCAUCUAAUUGUGUAAACAGGAUAAUCAGUUGUUUUUAAUUGUUACAUUACCAGUUUUCCCUUUUUGUGUCUAGCAGUUACGCCAUCUUAAAGAGUCUUCUGGUUUUCCCUGUUGAUGGCUAUUCUUUCUCUCUUUUUAUGCUCUGUUUUUAUCAUUUGACAGUGGAAAUGGAAUCAAUAUUUACCUUUCUUUUUUAGUUUUCAAUUGAAUCACUUUUUUUAAUCAUGUAUCAAUGGUGAUAUUAAUUUUAUCAAUAUCUCUCUUUGUGUCAACCUGUGUCAAUCAAUGAGCCUUCUUCAUCAAGUUUACAGCCGUUUCAACCAACAGGAUCAUCUUUACCAGGAUCCUGAUCCUUACCACCAUCCACCAGAUAAACAGCAUCACAAGCACUAUAAACACCAGAAGACGGAUCAUAUUGAUCAGUCUUCAUCCAAUCAACAUUAUCGUCAUCAAAAGUAUCAUCAUCCACAUAAUCAGCGACAUGACCUUUGUCAUCAUCACCCUCAUAAGUCUAGCAAACCAUCUACAUCUACUUUAAAUAACCAUCAUCUGCAUAAUCAUUGUCGCCAUUUUCAACCAUUAAUUUUCAUGUUUUCUCUUGUAUAUAUUGUGAUUAUUUUCUCAACUAGGCUUGUUUUAUUUGUAGAUUGUCAACCUAGAACAAUACCAGCAACCAAUAGUUCUUAUGCCGCUUUUGAGGAUGUAAAUAAUAUUAAAUUUAAUCAUUUAACCGUCAAUGAUUAUACUGGUCAAGUUUAUAUUGGAGCUGUUAAUAGGAUAUACCAGCUCAACUCUAAUUUACGUCUUGAAACCUCUGUAGAGAUGGGACCCCGACCUGAUUCAGCUGAAUGUCCAGUUACCCGUAAUUGUCCAGGUAUCCGUUUAAAGCCAACAAACUAUUGGAAUAAAGCUCUUGUCAUUGAUUAUCCUAAAAGUCAACUAAUUUCCUGUGGCAGUCUGUUUCAAGGUGUAUGCUCAGUCCAUAGAUCAGAAAACAUUUCCAUACACGAGACACCAGCAAAUGAAUCUGUGGUGGCCAACAAUGCGACCGCUUCUACGGUUGCCUUUAUCGCACCCGGACCUUCAAGUCUAACUCGAAUGCAUGUUCUCUAUGUUGGUGUUUCCUACACUGGCAAUGGUCCUUAUGGUUCAGAUGUGCCCACAGUUUCAAGUCGAUCCCUAGACUCAUCCAACAUGUUUCUUGUCGCUGCCACCGGUGUAACAACAGGAACCCGUUUACUGGUAAACUCGUUGGCUCGAGAUCGUUAUCCCAUAAGCUAUGUUUACGGUUUCUCUUACCAAGGCUUCUCAUAUUUUGUCACAUUUCAAAAGAAAACCAGCGAAUCACCGAAACCCUUUAUAUCUAAACUUGUUCGCAUCUGUCAAAAAGAUCUCCAUUAUUAUUCUUACACUGAAGUUCCCUUGGUCUGUAAAUCUGAUGAACACGAUUAUAAUUUGGCCCAAGCAGCUUACGUUGGAAAUCCUGGUUCCGAACUGGCUGUUUCAUUGGGCAUCACUGCCCAGGAUAAAGUUUUAUUUGUAGUUUUUGCCAAAUCACUGGAUAAAGGUGAUGUUUACAAUCAACCCGAUACUAAAUCAGCUCUCUGUGUUUAUGCCUUAUCCGCUGUCCAUCGGAAAUUCACUCAAAAUAUUCAACAUUGUUUCAAUGGAAACGGAAACCAAGGACUUGAUUUUGUCAAUCCAACCAAAGAUUGUGAACUAACUCAAGUGCAAAUAAAUGAUGAUUUCUGUGGAUUAGAUGUAAACACUCCUCUUGGUGGAACCAUGCCCAUUGAAGCUUCACCAGCUAUCACUUAUCACAAUGUGCUGCUUACCUCGGUUGCAGCCACCUCAACUCAUGAUUAUACGGUUGCCUUUUUGGGCACCUCAACGGGUUACCUUAAGAAGACGGUUGUUGAAACAGUUACCUCGGCCUUUGAAUAUGCGACUUUACUCAUUGAUGAAGGAAGUGCCAUUAAUAGUGACAUGCUUUUCUCAUCAACCAAUAAAAAUUAUCUUUAUGUGAUGACAGAGAAAAGGGUUACCAUGCUUAAAGUUCAAGAGUGUCAAAUUUAUCGAACCUGUUCAGAGUGUUUGGGUGCUCGUGAUCCCUACUGUGGUUGGUGUUCAUUGGAAAAUAAAUGCUCUCUGAGAAGUGAUUGUGCUGAAGCUGCAGCCGAUCCACUUUACUGGUUAUCCUACAAGUCGGGCAAGUGUACAACCAUUACCCACGUCAGUCCAGCUCAACUUCAACGAACCACAACCCGAACAUUGGGACUCUUUAUCGACAAUUUACCCGCCUUGGAUGGACAAUUUUUUUGUGCUUUCACUGCAUUCGGUAAAACUCGGAUAACCAAUGCAACACGUUCAGUUCAUGGUAUCAACUGUCCAACUCCACCAACCGAUACUUUACCUCAAAUACCUCCUGGAAGUCACCAUUUUACUGCUAAACUUUCCGUUCGAAUGAAAACUGGACCCGAUUUUGUAGCAACCAAUUUUACCUUUUACGAUUGCAGCUCCUACCUAAGCUGUACUCAAUGUGUUUCCUCACCUUUUCCCUGUGAUUGGUGUGUCGGUGGUCACCGGUGUACCCAUGAUACAGGGGAAAACUGUCGAAAUGACAUUCUUGUCACUGGACUUCGAUCCAUUGGUCCAAGUAUACGUUCUGGUCCUGGAUUUUGUCCUCGAGUCAAUGCUACUUCUGCCAUUUCAAGUGAAGUGUUGGCACCUUCUGGCAGUUCCCAACGAAUCCAAGUAAAGGUUGAAAAUAUUCCACAAUUUAUCGUUUCAACUCGCUUCAUCUGUCAGUUCAAUAUUGAGGGACGUGUUAAACAAGUUCCUGCUCAGCUUCUUGGUGAUACAAUUUAUUGUGAUCAAAUGAAAUUCCAAUACUCAACAAAUGCUCCCAACAUAACGGCUGCCUUUGCAGUCAUCUGGGAUGGAGCAAAGCCACUCGAUAAUCCACAAAAUAUUCACGUCAUUGUCUAUCAAUGUCAAGGAAUGGCUGAUAAUUGUGGCAUGUGCCUGGAGUUGCCUGAUAAAUACAACUGUGGCUGGUGCCAUGAUCAGUGUGAUGUUGAAGAGAAGUGCACUGAACGCGCCAAAGACAACCAACUGGCUUGGCUUAAUAAACAGCAAACUUGCCCUGAUCCACAGAUCGUCGACUUUUUCCCUAAAUCGGGUCCAUGGGAAGGUGGGACCAAUAUCACCAUUGAGGGCAUCAAUUUGGGUCGAAACUUUGAGGACAUUGGAAAUGGUGUUCAUGUUGCUCAUGAACAGAAUGGUGUUACCAUUGGAUUAAUUAAUUGUGUUCCCUUCAAGGAGCGUUAUGUGAAAACAUCUAGAAUCACUUGUCAAAUUCGUGAGCCCAACAUAACCCGGGUCAUGGCCAAUUCAAUUGCUGGACCUGUGGUGGUUAAAGUUCAAAAUGAUUACACGGCCAAGUCGAGUGAAUAUUUUCACUUUGUGUCUCCUCUUAUAACAUCCAUUGAUCCCAUUUCGGGCCCCAAAUCGGGUGGAACUCGACUCAAGAUUUGGGGUCUCCACAUGAAUGCCGGUUCUUCCGUUUCAGCCUACCUUGGUGAUCUUCCUUGUGAGGUCAUUUCUCGUGAUCAAAAUCUUGUAGAGUGCAUGACUUCGGCUCGAGUUGAACCCGGUGAGGAACGGGUUCGCGUCAAGUUUGACUAUGGAGUGAGAACCUUUGAAUCAUAUCAUUUCUCGUAUGUUCCCGAUCCAACCAUAUCAACCGUUGAAUCUGGUUCAGGUCAAAAGUAUGUUCCAAAAGGUAUUCCAUCGGGUGGAAUUCGUAUUUUUGUUAAAGGAACUCACCUUAAAUCUGUUCGCAAUCCAAUGCUCUACGUUGAAGUGGACGGUGUUAAAUAUAAUAGUACGUGUGUCGCUGAAACUGAUGCCGACAUGAAGUGUAAAAGUCCAUCUGUUCCAUUGGAUAAGAUUAAAUUUUCCGAUUCAGAUGAUUAUCUUGAGCUUCAUUAUGGGUUCAUCAUGGAUGCAGUUCCUUCCGUCAUGGAUUUAACCAAACGCCGUUACAAUCCAUUCACCAAAUUUCGCAUGUUCCGUAAUCCAGAAUAUCAUAACUUCAAUGAACCAAAGAGGAUCAAAUAUUACAAAUCAGACUACUUAACUAUUAAUGGUAAAAAUCUUGACCGAGCCUCACAAGAAGCUGAUGUUGUUGUUAAAAUAGGUUCAAAAUAUUGUGAUGUUACAAGUUUAUCACGAUCUCAAUUAACCUGUCGCCCACCAACCUCUCAGCCUCCCGCCAUGAGAGCCAACGGUGAAUCGGAUGAUGGUGCCAUACCGGAUGUUGUGGUCAUGGUCGGUGAUACCCUCAACUAUACAAUAGGUAAACUUAGCUAUGAACGUCCACCUUCACCCGAUGCCAACCUACCCAAGCCUGUGGUCAUUGCCGUCAUCAUUGGCACCUGUAUACUGAUUGUCAUUGUCAUAGUCAUUCUCAUUGCCUACAAGCGUAAAUCAACUGAAUCUAAUCGGGUUCUUCGAUCAAUGCAAGAACAAAUGGAUGUUCUUGAACUUCGCGUGGCCUCCGAGUGUAAGGAAGCCUUUGCCGAACUUCAAACUGAAAUGACUGAUUUAACGGGUGAAAUGACGGCCACUCGAAUACCUUUUCACGAAUAUCGUAUUUAUGCGAUCAAAGUUUUAUUUCCCAAUGACAAUGAGCAUCCAGUUUUACGCGACAUGGACCUUGAUCCUGUGAGACGUGCUUCUAUCGAGAAAGGCCUUAAAUCUUUUGGACAAUUGAUUAUGAACAAAACUUUUCUACUUCUCUUUAUUCGAACCCUUGAAUCUAAUCGCAACUUUUCAAUGAGAGAUCGAGUCAAUGUUGCCUCUUACAUUAUGGUUGCUCUUCAAGGUAAAAUGGAGUAUUGUACAGACAUAUUGAAGACUCUUUUAGCCGAUCUCAUUGAACGCUGUAUGGAGGGUAAAAGUCAUCCCAAGUUGCUUUUACGGCGAACCGAAUCGGUGGCCGAGAAAAUGUUAUCCUCUUGGUUUACCUUUUUAUUGUACAAAUUUCUUCGCGAGUGCGCUGGUGAACCUUUAUAUCUACUUUAUCGAGCAAUUAAACAACAGGUUGACAAGGGUCCAGUUGAUGCAAUAACCAGUGAAGCUCGGUACAGUUUGUCCGAGGAAAAGUUGAUUCGACAAUCAAUUGAAUAUAAACCGUUAACAGUUUAUGUGGUAAUGUCUAGUCAAUCGGUUAACCAAUAUGUUUCCGGUAUUGAUCAGAUUAUUGGUCAAGGGGAAAACAUUGAGAUUCCAGUAAAAGUUCUUGAUUGUGAUACAAUAACUCAAAUUAAAGAGAAAUGUCUCGAUGCCAUCUAUCGUAAUGUACCCUACUCGUUGAGACCCUCUAAAGAUGAUCUUGACCUUGAAUGGCGUACAGGUCAAAGUGGACGUUUAAUACUUUCAGAUGAGGAUGCAACAUCCAAGUUUGACGGUGAAUGGAAACGUGUCAAUACUCUUGCUCAUUAUCGAGUCUCGGAUGGAGCCUCGUUAAGUUUAGUGCCUAGACAAAGUUCAAUGUACAAUUUGCCCAUUCUUUCCGAGAAAAUGGACAAACACAAAUAUGAAACUUUAAACUUUGGCGGUUACAACAAAACCUGUUCACCGCCACUUUCCAGGGCAACCUCACCACUUAACCAUGAUCUUGAAAAUGGUUACAAAAUUUGGCACUUGGUUCGUCACCAUGACAGUGAACAGAAUAAAGAUGAACGCAAUAAUCGCCUUGUAACGGAAAUUUAUUUGACCCGUUUACUUUCAACCAAGGGAACCCUGCAAAAGUUUGUCGACGAUCUUUUCGAGACAAUAUUUUCCAUAGCUAACCGAGGUUCUGCUCUUCCAUUGGCCAUUAAAUACAUGUUUGACUUUCUCGAUGAUCAAGCCAUUAACCAUGGAAUCACUGAUCUGGAAACUGUUCACACCUGGAAAUCAAAUAGUUUACCUUUACGAUUUUGGGUCAAUUUAAUUAAAAAUCCCAACUUUGUGUUUGACAUUAACAAGAGCAACAUAGUCGACUCUUGCCUGUCCGUUGUAGCUCAAACCUUUAUGGAUGCCUGCUCUAAAUCGGAUCAUCGGCUGGGCAAAGAUUCACCCUCAAGUAAACUUCUGUACGCCAAAGAUAUACCAAUCUACAAGGAUUGGGUUGAAUCGUAUUAUCAAAACAUCAAAAUGAUGCCUGCAAUUAGUGAUCAAGAUAUGAAUUCAAUGUUAGCCCAAGAAUCAAGGCUCCAUGCUCAUGAAUUCAAUACAAAUGUAGCUUUACAAGAACUUUACAACUUCGCAGUCAAAUAUAACGACCAGCUAAUGUUGACUUUACAAGAAGAUGAAUUUUCCGUCAACCACAAACUUGCCUACAGACUGGACCAAGUUCAUGCAAUGAUAUCAUAAUCAUCAUCAUUUCCAUCAAUCAUGUCUCUCUCUCUCUCUCUCUAUCUCACUGUGUAUUUACAUUUGACUAAAAAAUACAAGCGAAAAGUUAUUUAUGUUAAAAA